GCGGCGGCGGCCGGGGCUGGUGCCGCUCGCGGGGCAGCGCCGGGGCAGCGGGAGCGGCGGCGGCGGGGCGAUGUGACGCGGUACGGCGCCAUGUCGGGGUGCGUGUGGGGCGCGGCGCCGCUGCUGGAGGCGCUGGGCCGCCUGUGGGAGGUGCAGGCGCCGCUGGGAAGCGGCUCCUCGGCCUCCGUCUACCGAGUGCGCUGCUGCGGGGACCCGCGGGCCCCCCCCGGCGCCGUCAAAGAGUUCGUGCCGCCCCCGCCGCGGCCCGGCCCCGCGCGCCGCCCCGGCGCCCGUCCGCCCGCCGCCGACUGCGCCGAGUACGGCUUCCGCAAGGAGCGCGCCGCGCUCGAGCACCUCCGCGGGCACCGCAACAUCGGUAACGGCACCCCCGUGACGCUCUACGGCGUGUUCACCAACCACUACUCUACGAAUGGCCCAUCUCGCUGUCUCCUCCUGGAGCUGCUGGACAUCAGUGUGUCCGAGCUGCUGCUGCACUCCAGCAACCAGGGCUGCUCCAUGUGGAUGAUCCAGCACUGUGCCCGAGAUGUUCUCGAAGCCCUGGCUUUCCUGCACCACAAAGGCUAUGUGCAUGCAGACCUCAAGCCUCGAAACAUCCUGUGGAGCGCAGAGGAGGAGUGCUUUAAGCUCAUUGACUUUGGACUUAGCUUCAAAGAGGGGAAUCAGGAUGUGAAAUAUAUUCAAACAGACGGGUAUCGGGCUCCAGAGGCAGAACUGCAGAACUGCCUGGCGCAGGCAGGGCUCCAGAGUGAGACAGAGUGUACCUCUGCUGUGGAUCUGUGGAGUCUGGGAAUCGUUUUACUGGAAAUGUUCUCAGGAAUGAAACUGAAACAUACAGUCCAAUCUCAGGAAUGGAAGACAAACAGUUCUGCCAUCAUUGAUCGCAUAUUUGCCAGUGAAGGGGUGGUUAAUUCAGCCAUUCCAGCUUAUCACCUCAGAGACCUUAUCAAAAGCAUGCUUCAUUGUGACCAAGGAAAGCGAGCCUCCGCGGAGAAGGCUUUAUGCAGCCCGUUCUUCAGCAUUCCCUUUGCUCCCCAUAUCGAAGAUUUGGUGAUGCUCCCCACGCCUGUCCUGAGGCUGCUAAAUGUUCUAAGUGACGCUUCUCUGCAGUGCGAAGAAGAAUAUGAAGAUAUCCUGGAAGACAUAAGGGAGGAGUGUCAGAAAUAUGGGCCAGUGGUUUCCUUGCUGAUUCCGAAGGAGAAUCCUGGUAAAGGCCAAGUCUUUGUUGAAUAUGCAAAUGCUGGUGAUUCCAAAGCUGCCCAAAAAAUGCUGACUGGAAAGAUUUUUGAUGGCAAGUUUGUUGUGGCUACAUUUUACCCACUGAGUGCCUAUAAGAGAGGAUAUCUGUACCAAAACUUGCUGUAGGCAGUAGCAACAAUCAGGAGAGUCGUCUUGCUCCUCUUCCUCACGUGUUUCACAGUUGAAUGUACAAAAGAGCUUCCUAGCCCUGCUUUUGAGUUAUCUGUGAAGGAGAGAUGCAAAGGACUUAAGUGGGCUUUGAAACCUUUACUGCUGCUUUGUGAUGUGCAGAGGAGGCUGGGAUGGCUUUCGGCGCGUGCUUGUGUGUGUGUUGUGCUUGCUCGUUUACAGUGGGUGUCUGGCUUUGCCCCAGCGGAUGCUCAGGUGGCAGGAGUGGUGACUCUGGGAGCAGAUCUUGGCAAGAGAUUUGAAGUGAAACCGUUUGAAGUCUUGGCCUUUGCUCUUGACGUUGCUCUAGGGAGAAAGCUUCUUUGUUAAGCUUUCUUACAACACAUAUGUGCUUCUCCAAUGUGGAGGAGGAGGAGGAAGGCCUCCCUGCUUUUUCUUGAUAUCUGUAAUAAAGAAGCAGGAGUACUGUCCUCUCCAAACCAGAUCAGGAGAGCUUUUGAGUCUUCACAUGGAACAGAGGGAGGCAGUGUGAUGGGAUCUGCUGAGCCUAUGGCGUUACCCCAUCGCCGCCUCACGACCCGAGAAGAGCCAUCAGCUGGGGCAGCCGGUGUGAGCUGAGCUUGCUUGUGUGCCUGGGGUGGGCAGGGACUGGUUGGUGGUGGGUACAUAUUGUCAGAGCAGUGCCAGCCUCAGUCCCCACACAGUCUGUAAGCACCUUGUAGCCUGAGGUGAUGUGAAAACCCUGUCAUGGAGUCAUCUUUCUAGCAUGUAGCCUGUGCUGGCACUGAUGCUCCCUGGCACUGAUGCCAAAUCAUCUGUAAUACAUGUCUUUAGGUGAUAUUUUUGGAAAGGAGUGCUACAGCACAUGGUAUUUUUUUGUGUCUCAGCAGGACUCUUGCCCUGCAAGUCUUACAAGAAAGAACAAGUAUCUGUCUGUUAGAGGUCCCACGCUUGGCUGUUCCGUGUUGUGUGUUUUGGUUUUGCAUUUACCCAUUUAGACUUGUAGAUUUAGAAGCACUGACACUUUUGGUCCUUCCUAGGUUACACAAAGGGCCUGAGGCAAUCUGAGAUCGUGUAUGGAAAGGGCUGGGUUAGUCUUCAGACUUGCCUAGCCAGGAGAAGGUCUUCCCCAGUGCUGGGGACAACAGCCAUGUGCUUUUGGGGAAAAAAAAAACCCACCUGGGUGAGCAUGGCUGCUUUCUCCAGAGCAUGUUGUCUGCUGGAGUGGCCUCAGUGCACAGGAAGAUGGCUGGCACAGCUGCUGGCAUGGGGUAGGUGGUGGCUGUUCCCAAGGAGUGUGCAAACCCCUACACCCAGCCUCUCCCUGCAGGAGUGGGCACAGCCUGAAACAACCCUGCUUGGAGGGGACCCAUCAUAUUCUGGCUUGUGGCCCUGGUACCAGUGUUAAUGAGGAGGAGAGUCCUUGUGAAUUUCUUUUCUCCAGCUCAAAUGACAGCAAGGAGCUACCUGAACUAUCUAUGACCUUCCCUAGGAUAACACCUGAAUUACCUUUCAGUUUACUUUUUUCAUCUUCCUGAUGCUGGACUUGCUGGAAUCCUGCACUUCAAAGCUCCUCUUGGUUUUUGCCCUGUGCACGUGAGCAGUGUGUAAGGAGGUCCCAUGUCUGUAGCAUUUCACGGGUCUGAGCUCCUCUCAGUGCUGAUGUACAGUCCUGUUUACUGUGGCCUCAUCCCAAACUCCCCCAGCACGGACCAAUCUCUUUGCAUUUUUCAUGGUAGAUUUUCCAGGGGCAAAAGAAAAUCCCGCAAUGAGUUUUGAAGGUGUGUUUUGCUGAUCAGGCUUUCUCUGGGAAUGGUGCUGCUUUGGUGUACCUAGCUGUGUGAAUCGUGUUCAACAUAACUGCCCUUGCAGUGAAGCACCUUCAGUGUCUGUGAGGAACUGGAUGAUUAACUGGGUGAGGGUUUUUCCUGUGUGAUCUGAGAGCUCCUGCCCUGCUGAGUGUGCCAGCCCACGUGUGCACCUCUCCUGAGGUCUGUCACCUACAGCAGUGCUGGGACAGGGAGAUGCCGGGGUGCACGAGCAGAACUUAAAUGCAAUUCUCACAUGUGUUUGUAUCAGACUGGGAGCUGCUCUCUCAUCUCUCAGGCAUCUCUGUGUCAGAAUUAUGCUUUGGAUUUGCAGCUAAAGAGCUCUGCCAGGAUUAAGCUUUAGAGAAGAGCUAUGACCUGUUCCUGCAAGCAUGGUAGAGCCAUUCCACCAGAGUUUGGCUGGGGUUUUGUUUGGCUGCUUUACUAAGGGCUAAAUAAAUCUAAAUAAUGCUAAAUGCAAAGUCCUGCUAUCAGAUUUUCUCUCCAGCUGCUCAGGCUUGGGCACUGAGAUGGGCAAAACCCACAAAGCUGCUCUUAUUAAAUUUUUCUCCUGGCAAGAGUUGAAGGUGCUGAUCUGUGUGCUUUCACUGGAUGCAGCCCCUGGCUUCCCUUUGCAGGCUGUGGAGUACAGGGAGGUUUAGAAGCAUGUUAUCAUUGUCCCUCCCCGUCUGCCUUCAAAGCCUUUUUCUGUCAAGCUGAAGCCCAUCGUGGUGUCUCAGCCAUCUGUUGGUGGCUCGGCAUGUUUCAGCCCCGCUAAAACCUUUGAGCAUCCUCACUCUAGAUGGUAUUCCAAGUGUGUGUGGUGAUUCAGUCCAAGGCAUCUGGCGUGGUGUGUGCCUGGUUGAUCCUGGCUUUCCUCCUCUCCACGUGACUGUUGUCUUGAGUUGUGGAGACAUCGAGGCUUUUUGGCUUCCUUAGUCUGUGCUGCUGACACAGCUCCCUCCCAAGAGCUGUCGGUACGUGGUCCUAGCCGUGUGACAGCUAGAUGUGAAAACCCACAGGCUGCCUUUGGGGAGAUCUGCUUUGGGAGGAAAAGGAUUGAAGAUGAAGCCAUGAGACAGCCAGAGAAGGCUGGCGCUGCUCCGGUGGGAUGCCAGGGCAGGCACCCGGCUCUCCCCCUGGGAGGAGGUGGUCCAAGGGGCUUCAUCUCCUCUGAGCGUGUGCGUGAACAGGACACACGUGGGUGCUCAGCUGUUCCUGGUGAUUGGGUUUCAUAGCUAUCUGACACGAAAUGUCACUGCCAAUUGAAGAAUAGUUGUCCUUCCUCUGCCACCACCGUCUCUGUGGAAGCAACAAGGGAGAGAGAACUUUCUGUGCACUUCCACCUAUAUGCAAGGAGGGUAACCUUUUAAUCACUGGCCGAAGCACAAGUCAGCUGUGAUCUUAGCUGUAUUCCUCAUUUUAUUCUCACUGGUCUCCAGCCUGCUAACACUAUAGCCUGGGCACCUGGGGUGUCUCUCCAGAGGGUUCAGUACCCUCCCUCCCGCUGUGCCAGCUCCUGUAACCGUGUGCCUCCCUUCGGGUUAGAUGUCAGCUCCUGUAUCCCAUCACGCACCGUUGCUGAGCAGAUGUCUGCUUGAUACAGGUGAAUAAUAAAUGAUGCUUCAGUACGAA